AUGAUGAGUACGUAUGUUCUCGCGCAUAUACAGAGAUGCACUGACAUUCAAGACCCUUCGAGCGCCCGAAGGAGGAGCAAGUCUAACCCCCAAGUGGCUUCGCCGCCAACCACGCUGCGAUUUCUUGUCCAAGAACCGCCUUCUCAUCGCAGAGGGCUUCCUGCUUGGGACCGUGCCUUUGACGCUGUCUACCACAGCAACAGCAGCCACACUCCAAGCUUCUCCGACACUCUUACCAGUUUCUUCGAGAAUCACGGACGCUCAAAGCCAGACUCAGGCUACUUUCGCCUCCCAGACGACAUCCGCCUGCGAAUAUGCAACCUCAUCCUUCCCGUCGUCGAUCGUCCCGUGCGUCUAAACCGCCUCUUCUUCACCCGCGAUGUCUGGCGUGAAGGAGACCUCGCAUCGCCAACCGACGCUCUCCUCCCUCUAGCUCCGUACCUCCAAGUCUCGUUUGCCUUUUGCGCCGACUUUCUCGUGGCGUUCCUCCAGAGCGUCACGCUGCAUGCCGUCUUUUCGCCCUUUGUCGGAUGCAGGGUUAACCCCUUAGCCACGACCUGGCUUAAUCGCUAUGGACCGUAUGCGAAGAGCAUUGCAGUCGAGGUUGACAUGUCGCGUUUGGGUUGUGGGCCGGCAGAUAGUGCUACUUGUCUUCUUCCCGAUAUCGAGCACGUUGAGGAUCUCGUCUGCGAGUUUGUAGACUCGCAACUAAGACGGAAAGAAUCUCUUCCCUUGCAGAGUCUGAUUCUCCUCUGUCGACGGUUCUACGGCCGUCGCGGUCCUUCACUCUCAAGACCAGACACGGGACGUUCCAGCGGGGCGAGCAGUAGCAGCAGAGCCAACUCAGCCGAAGACAUGGGGUUCCAGUCUCCCGAGAUGUACGCGUCCAUGGACGAGCUCCUGAAGCAGAUGGCCGAAGAAACCGUGUCGAGUCCAUUCGAAACGCCGAUGCCGUCGCCGUUGCCACAAUCAGGGUACUGUCCAAACUCGUACCUCCUUUUCUGCAACCACAUAAUACACCUCAAAGGACGAAUCAAUUCCCUACGAAUGUGUGGCUUCGAUGAGACGUACACGACUCGGUUAAUGGCGACAUUGUUCUCAGAUGUCAACGGCGGACAGGCAUACCGGGUAGCACCCUCGACGAUAUGGCCUAGACUCCACGGGCAAAAGUCUUGUCUAGACGCUGGAGAUGGAUACACAAUACUAGACGAUCACCAAGUCCAAUCAGCCUUGAACGCCCCAGUAGCGCACCGCCCCUGGGAAGGAUGCGUGCAGCUCCCUCCCUCAACCCCCGACGAAGAAGGAAACCCAAGCCUCCCGUCCAUCGUGGGAGAUCUACAAAGACUAAGGAGUCCAUACGCAAGGACAGUCACGAGUUUGUCGGAGCGGACGUGCGAUCAGAUGCUCAAGGAAACUGGGGGACUUGGAAAUGGAUCCGAUAAGAAUAGAUUUCUGCGGUUCAUGAAAAAGUAUGGCAAGAAGAAGAAGCAGAGGACUCUCACGAGGGAAGCUUUUGCAACAUUGUGA